UGCGCAUUGCGCAAGCGAUAAAAAGAAAUACAAAAUGGCAGCUUCCAGCAGCUCGAGUCGUGCGACUGCGACAUGUGCGAGUGAAAAGAGUGAAAAGAAGGUGGACGUGGAAGACAUGGAAGACCGCAGCGAAACAGCAGAAGGGGGCUCCUUUGCGUCAUUAGGUGUCAUGGAUGUCUUGUGUGAAGCGUGCGAGCGUCUGAAGUGGAAGACGCCUACCAAGAUCCAGCGGGAAUCUCUUCCACACAGUCUGCAAGGACGUGAUGUUAUCGGUUUGGCAGAGACGGGCUCCGGUAAGACCGGAGCGUUUGCCAUCCCCAUUCUUCAGGCUUUGUUGGAGCGACCGCAGAGGCUCUUUGCCCUCGUGCUCACACCAACGAGGGAAUUGGCCUUCCAGAUAUCCGAGCAGUUUGAAGCACUGGGAUCAACUAUAGGCGUCACUUGCGCUGUUGUUAUUGGAGGCAUUGACAUGAUGACGCAAGCUCUACAAUUGGCUAAGAAACCACAUGUUAUCGUAGCAACUCCGGGACGUCUUGUGGAUCACCUGGAGAACACCAAAGGCUUCAGCCUAAGAGCCCUGAAAUACCUGGUCAUGGACGAGGCUGAUCGCAUCUUGAACAUGGAUUUCGAAGCAGAGCUUGACAAGAUCUUGAAAGUCAUUCCCAAGGAAAGACACACAUAUCUCUACUCUGCAACUAUGACGAAAAAGGUUGCCAAACUACAGCGGGCCUCAUUGAAAGAUCCAGUCAAAGUGGAGGUUUCCAGCAAGUAUGACACAGUGGAGAAACUACAGCAGUAUUAUAUCUUCAUACCAGCCAAGUAUAAGGAUUGCUACCUAGUGUACAUUUUGAACGAGUUGGCUGGCAACAACUUCAUGGUGUUCUGCAGUACUUGCAAUAACACACAGCGUGUGGCGCUCAUGCUGCGCAACCUAGGCCUGACAGCCAUUCCUUUGCAUGGGCAAAUGUCGCAGUCCAAGAGGCUUGGAACGUUGAAUAAGUUCAAAGGGAAGAGCAGAUCCAUCUUGAUUGCAACUGAUGUAGCCAGCAGGGGGCUGGAUAUUCCGCACGUUGAUGUCGUCGUCAACUUCGACAUCCCUACGCAUUCGAAGGACUACAUUCACAGGGUUGGAAGGACCGCGCGAGCGGGCAGGGCAGGAAAAUCCAUUACAUUUGUGACACAGUAUGACGUGGAGCUCUACCAGCGCAUUGAGCAGCUGAUUGACAAGAAACUUCCGCUAUUCCCCACAGAGGAGCCAGAAGUCAUGCUGCUCAUGGAAAGGGUGACGGAGGCACAACGCUUUGCUAAACUGGAGAUGAAAGACCUCGAAGACAAGAAGAAGGGGCGUGGCCGGGGAGUGGAGGAUGAUUCCGAGGAUGCUGUUGGCAUCCGUAAGAAACUGAAGAUAUCUCACAGAGGAGGCAAGAGAUAGCAUCAGCGGACGUUUUGUUUGGUCUUAAUGGGGGGGGCAAUUUUAUAGCACUGCAGAACAGAGAACGUGAAAGUUGUGUUUAAUGACAGAAAAUUAUACUGUCUUAGCUCACAGUGUGGAAUGAUGCUUACACGUGCAUGAAGAUUUCUGUUGACACCUCCUGAUAUUAAGCAAGGUUUCUUGCUUUUGAUGUGCUUACAGGUUCAUAGCUUCUGUUAAAUUGGGCCUCGAUUUUAAAAGCAAUUUUCCCAUUUGACCAGAUUUGAUUGCUAGCCCGGAGCAGGUGUCUCACAAGCAAAAUAUCAAAUGCGUCAUUUACAAUUGUAGGUUGAGAGAAGCAGGUUGUGGCUAGGCAUUAGCAGGCAUGCCCAGAAAGAGGACUGGAAUCUACUGAGCAUCCCAGUUGGGUGUCUUAAACACGUCCAUCCUCGACAGCACCGCAUAACAUUUGGCCUCUUUGGAAAGUUGUUCAUAAACAGCUUGAAGGACAUGUAUUUUAUGAUGGGAGUGUUCACUGCAUGGGAACUUAACUGUAUUUUUUUUUUUGGGGUUUUUUUUCAAUAUUGAAAAUGGCACGAAACCAAAUCCUGUGUCUGACAGAAAAACCUUCAUAUGCUUGCUUGUAGGAAACAUUUUUAUUCAACCCCAUAAGUAGAAUGAUUAACAUCUAAUAAAGACUUGUUAUGCAAACUCACAAGA